AAACCAACACAACAACCAACACAACAACCAACACAACAACCACAACAACAACCAACACAACAACCAACACAACAACCAACAGUUCAAAACACUGCACCACAACCAACAGUUCAAAAUCCAGCACACAACCAACAGUUCAAAACACUGCACCACAACCAACAGUUCAAAACACUGCACCACAACCAACAGUUCAAAACACUGCACCACAAACAGAGCAAGGACAUAAAAGAAGUAGAGAACAAAAACCAAGAAUUCUUA